AUGGGUAACCAGUACGUAAAACCACAACGCACAGGCAAUUCGCCUUACACCCGGUCCGGAGUUCCACCACCGGCGCUUGUCAAAACUGGUGACAAGCCACUCCACAGAGUAAAUGAUCGCAUGUCUCUCGAAUUGCAUAUGGCCGACGAACGAGUCCGUGCAUCCGGCUUGAGCCCAGCCGAGAGAGAAUGGAGAAAGAAAUGGGUCCAUGAUCAACAUCUUCAUGCAGAUGAGCCAGUCGUUGUUGAUGCUGUUCAUCGUCAGUUGAACCCAAUUAGAACUGCGUACAGAUUGCCAUGGGACAAAUUUUAUCUUCAUUACCUGAAGCCAACUUUCGGAGUUUAUUACGGAACUGCCGUUAGAGUUACUGUUCCAAAGUUGCUCAUGGCCUUCGUCGUUGUUCAAACUGCCUACUACUACUGGAAGUAUGAAGUCAAGGACUGGACACACUUGAGAGGACUCGAAUCGAUGCCACAAAAGGAGGUUAUUGUUAAUGCUCCUGCCAUCGAAUCCAAGUUCCCAGGGCUUAUGGAUAAGGGACUCGCAAACCCAUCUAAAGAUGAUUAUUAUACGCCGACGUUCAACAAGCGUACCGCGUACCUCGACGUUGGAGAGACAAAACGACCCUGGUGA